AGGGAAAAAAAAAACUGGCGGGCGAUUCAAAUAUCGAUACACCGGACUAGCAGAUUAACGGUUUUUGGUCUCACCAUUGUAUAGGAGUGUCAACACACCUGAGUUAUCUAACGGGAUAGAAUGGAUAAUAAUUCUCUCAACGCAGGGAAUUUUAAAAUGGAGAUUAAAAGCGAACCUCUGUUUAAAAUGUAGUCUCAAUUGUCUUGGAGUAUUAGUUCGUUUUUUGUUCAAAGUUAUUUUUGUUUACACAAAUAGAUUAUAGUAACGUUUUUUUAAAAAAAGAGGAUACUAUUUCGCUGUUUAUUUCACUAUACUGUAAUGUGUUUGUUUUGAUACUGUGGAAAUUUUCGAUUUCAGCCAAGAUUGACGAUGUCAUUAUUCCCUGCUGCGGACAUAAGACCAAAGAGUUACCACAUUGGAUGCUAUGGUGGUGCCUCUACUCAGGUGACCAGCACCAUCUCACCUGAGAUCUGUACCUUCACCCACAGUGAACCAAGCCCUACCUAUCACUAUUCUACGCAUGCGCAGGCCGGACAGCUAUAUUAUGACAAUGUAGGCCCUCGUUCUAAGAAUACCAGAGAUCAGUCGUCGGAGUUCAGGGUUGACCCACGAUCCGAUCAGGUUUCGUACGCAUUUAGACAGCCAUACUCUAAUUUGAAUGUCCAAAAUCCUGCUUGUGCGUCGCUCUUCGAUGUGCCUAAAUCGGCAGCGCCGACCGUGCGAAUACCCCAGGGUCCAAAGUCCUGUCCGCCCUGCAGCCCUGUGACAAGGAUUGUACACUCCGUGUCCGCCGACGGGACGUCCUCCCCUGGAACCAAGACUGUGACAUUUGAAGUCGCCUUCAACGUAUCGGAUGACCACAUCAAUUCUGAGGUGCAGGCCUUAAGAGAAAAACUUGAACGACAAAGCCAACAGGUUUACGAAGACAUACCUAUCAUUCAACUGAAAGCUCCACCCAAGGGCAGAGGUAAACGCCCGCUUUCAUCAGAUUCGGACAGCUUCUCCUCAGACCUGGCUAGUUCCAGUGUCUCUCUCAACAGCUCUGCUGCAUCGGACACUUUCCAGAAACUUAAAUCUCCCGAAGAGUUUUUGGCAUCUUGCAGUUUGGCUGCGAUGAAAUCCCCCAAAAAGCUCAAAGCAGAUAGUGAAAAUAGUACACCCUUCGGCAAGGCCCCUGGCCAACAUUGCAUGCAAGUAGCUGAAAACGAUAGUGCGAAAAGUUCUUUGCAGCGAUCAGUAUUUAACUUUCCACAAACUCCUAACAAGUCGGACGCUUUCUGUUCCACUCCACUUCAGCGUAUCAGUGGAGAUCUGAACGCAAUGUCUACCAACCGUCAAAACUGUGACGUCCCAAUAACCACCAACGAAACACAACACGGGGACUUCAAAAGAGUUCCAAGCAUGUCAGUUUUACCUCUUACCAAUGACUUUCAGAUAGUUAGUGAGAGUCCAGCCUUACCGAAACGCUCACCGGCUCCAAAAGUAGAUGUUCAAAAUCGACCAUCGAUUUCCAACACUCCGGCAAAGUUGAUAAACAAUUCCACAAGCCAUGAUCUACAUCUACAUAAUAAUAAUAAGGGUGGCGCUACAAUACAAGAAACUAGAUCCGUGCAGCCCAAUCUUAGUGAACGUCCGCCGACACGCCAGAGGCGAAAUCUUGAACCAAAUGUGUUCAUUUUUCCAGAAGUCAAAACCCCUUCCAACGAAGACGAAGUGGAUGGGUUCGGCUCCGAUGAUCAAAUGGAAACGGACAACGACAAUUAUGAAUACAGGCAACCCCAUUUUGGGCAACAGAAUAUGUUUAUGUCCCGGGUCCCAGGUCACGAUCAACGCUACGGGCAAUAUUCGAGUGCAAACCAAACACAGUUUGGUCAUAAUUGGCAAGGACAGGGAAUUCAAUACAAUAGCAUCCCCAACUUUGGAAAUAAUAAGGUGAUGACACCUUCACAUUUUUCUAACACUGGAAGCCACUUUUACCAGCGAGAGGAGGAGAACUUUUCCAGAGCUGGCUCGAAAGGGCGUACCUCCCAUGACAGAUAUUGCUUUGAUGACAUUGAUUCUGCUGGAACGUCUCAAUCCCGUCAAAGGAAACUAGAUUCCGAUAUUCUCAGGACGCCGAAAGAUAAUCGAACUAAAAUGACGUCCGUCUAUGAGGACGUCCUGGACGUGGCUGAUCGCCAAGAUGACGUAGAGCACGCGCUGGAGAAAUUUUCCGAUCAGGAUUCUCGACCGAUUCACAGCAUGCCCAGCAAACAGGACUUCAAUAACAACAGCAGGAAUUCUUAUGGCAACAGCAGGCUGUCCGAGGAGAGGUCCAACGUGGUCAGCACUAAAGCAAACACCAACGUUUGUUACGUUUCGUUGGACGAGCUUCCAGACUCGGACAUGAGCUGCGAUGAAAUAGAGGAAUAUUCAGAGGACAGCGACGAUGCCAGGUCCAGUGACUAUUUACCUGUCAAUGUUUCUGGCAGACGUCAACGAAGUUGGGACGAAACAGAUGGUUUGACUUCUGGAAGUAGACCAGCUAAGAACAAGAAAAAAGGUUCAGUACAUAGAAAGGAUAACUUGACUACAGUACCUGGUUCUAAAAACAAACUGCUGCCUCAGUCGUUCAGCGGAAGGGCAUCGAAGAGCUCAGGCCAGCAAUCCUUAAGCUCAACAAAGGUAACAACAGGCACCUCUUUCAGGCACCCGUUUCCAGAAUACCACGAAAAUACUAAUCAACGCAAUUCAGAGCCCGAGCCAUCUCGGAAUAUCAUUCCCAAAGUGCGCAAAGACAAUCCAUAUAAGAAUGAUGUAUCUAUUGAUUUGACUUCUAAGUCGGUGGCGAUAUCAACAAUACCAAGUACAGAGAGAAGUUUUAAGAAUGACUUCUCUGACACUGCUAAGGUGAAAAGCACUAGAAAGGUUUCAGAAAUAAACCCAAGCAUUGGCGCCCCCAUUCAUAACACUCAUAACUAUCUAAGCCACUCUUAUGAAGAAAUACAUCGGCUUCGAAGCCAUCCCGAGUUUUAUAACCCCAAACAAGAAACAUUCAAAUACCCAGCUAAACACAGAAAAGCAAAUAGCUGGAUUCCAGUUUCGACAGGCUCAAGGCAUAAAGACAAAAAUGAUGAGGACGAAGACGAUGAGGUUGAUGGUUUGGGGGACGACAAAGACCGUGGACCGACCACGGAUAAACCUGGAUCAAGCAGCGUCUCUCUAAACAAAGAUUCGAACAAGGACGCUGACGAUGUUGUGCAUUGCUUUGACUCCAGCGACGACGAAGGAAAGAGUUCGCGUCGAACUUCUUCAGACCGUGACCACAAAACCGCCUCUCACUCUUCAGAUUCAAAAAUAAGUCAACCAAUGUAUCACACCCAGACACGCAAAGACGUUAAGGAGUUCACUAAGAAUCAUCUUGCUAAUUAUGUAGCUGUGAAUUCGGAAUCAAAUGCAGUGAUGAGCAAACCUGUUACGAACAGAUAUUCCGAAAACUGGACGACAAUGUCCCUUCGUACAGAGCACAAAACAACCUCUCCAAGUCAGGAAUCUUUUCGAGAUGAACCAAACUUGUAUUCAUGUGCUCCCAGCACUUUCUCUGAAAACAGGUCUCGGACUAAACAAUACCCAGCGAAUUCCAAAGACGAUAUCGGCGUCAGCUGCUUCAGCAGCCAGGAGCUCAAGGACCUGUUCCCAAGGCGAGCCAGCGAUACAAGCGGUAGAAUAUCCCCAACAGUGAUAAUCCCAAGGACUAGAUCUUCACCCUCCAAGCUAGAAAAUAGUUCCAGCGAGAAACUCAAGAGAGGGCAACAGGCUUUCCACAGACCUUGGGUCUCACCAGAAAACAAAGGUUCUUUCAUGAAACAUUCCCAUACGAUACAGGAUAUGGCAAACUUCCUUGAUAAUCAAACCUGCCAAACAAAUGCAUCCAACUUCAACCGAUCAAACGGAUCAACCCAAGGCGAUCAAGCUAGAUCAGAAGACACGUCAGAAUUUCAACUAAUUAAAAACUCUAGAACCCCUGACAAUGUUUAUGUGGCCAGAUAUAGCAGUACUUCAGAUCCUAAUCGUUACAGUGACCCUCUGAGGACAGAUACCGCUGGGGCUUGCGGCUAUCCUUCUGGUAAGAACAAACGACCAAAGUGUGUUGGAACGCCAGCUAAAAGAAAUAGAGUGGACAGGCGUUUGGACUUUGGUAACACCCAUAAGAGCAACGAGAAUAGUCAACCAAAGUUGUCGACAUCAAGUCCUACUGUGAGACCAAACACGAGUCUAUCCAAUCUGGAUAAAGCCGCAAACAGCGCUACAUCUGCCGAAGCCAGUGCCCCAGAGACAUGCCCCGAGUCUAGUCCGAUGCAGCAAAGACUUGAGAAGAUUGAUUUUGCAGCCGGGGCUUCCAGCAUGAAGAAUGACGAGUCCAUCGAGACAGCGGGUCUCAAACCUGGCUAUCCCCAGCCGGAGAAAGGAGCACAGCUGAGGAAACUUCAGAAUAUAUUGACGUCAAGGGAAGAAUCGGGAAGUUCCAGACAUGACAAUGAAAUAGACAUCAAGAUCGAGGUCAGUGACUCGCUCAAACUCUCGGAACGUCUUGAACAAAUCUAUCAGUCAAACGACAUGAGCUGCGAGUGUGCAAGAAUUGAGCAAGACAUUCUUGGAAAAGCUAUGAGUCUAUUUAAAGAGCUAUGUGAUCCCAACAAAAAAUUCGACAACUGGAAGGCGUCUCUUAGGGAUACCAACGCUGUCAUACGAGAAAGUCUGGACAUGGCCGACACCAUUCGACGGAUCUGCAGCCACGGGAGGACGAUUGAAGAUGUCCUACAAGGGAGCGUCAUCCUGAGGCUGAAAUGCAGGACCCUGAUGUCCGUGGUCGACCUCUGCCAAAUGUACUCCUCUGGGGAGCUGCACGUGCUGCUGAGCAGAAUGCUAUGCACGCGUGUACAAAUGAAAGGACUGGCGCUCAAGGUCUCUUUAGACCCAGCCAACGUGCAGAGAUGUAUACGCUUUCUUUUCCGUGCGGUGGAAGUGACUGUUAACAAAAAGAAAGUAGCACAACCCCACAAGCAGAAAGACAAGUUCAGCCAUGGCCUUAUUAAAGAUGUGAAAUCCUCCCCGUGUACACCAACCUUUAGAGUCUCCACGCACGCACGUUGCUCAAGCAGUCCAGCUCUUCACACAGUUUCUCCCCUUUGUACUCCGACACCAAUCACAGAGAAACGAGAGAGGACGUCAUCCUUUGGAGAAACCAGAAUAGCUUUCCAGGAACUGCAUUUAUCAGAUAAGGAUUGCCCGACGUCACCGCUGGGCUCGUCCUCCCGAUGGAACUGCAGCCCCAAACUGGCGCCCUCCCCAAUGACGCCCUUACGGCGGGUAGCUUCCCCGCACCUGCGCACGUCGCCGAUGACGUCCCCAGUGACCUCACCCCGGAAGUUGAAUCGCUGUGACGUCAUACAGGAACAAGAAAACAUGGGCGAUGGAAGUGUGCAAUGAGACGCCGUGAUUUCCAGCCACCAGACUAAUGUGUUCAUAUUGCGUCGUAAAAUAACCUAUGAUCCUUUAUAACUGAGUAUGUCAACAGUUCUGUCCCUUUGCUUGUCUUCAUGGAAUGCACAUGAAUGUUUUUUAGAUGUUUUGUUAUGGCAAUUUUAUUUGUUUGUGAUAUUAAUAAUUGUCUGUUGUGAUACCUAGUAAACUGGAUGUCUAUUGCUCAACUGAAAAUGUUAUCUUGAAAAAUGUGUAGAAUCUGUAUGUAUAUUAGUGUUACUUCACGCACUUGCUCAAAAAGGAAAAAAAAGGAACUUUUUUCUAAGGGAAAACAGGAACUUUGUACUAAGGGAAAACAGGAACUUUGUUUGAAGGGGAAACAGGAACUUUGUUUAAAGGGGAAACAGGAACUUUGAUUUGUUCUCCGUACAUUUGUCUAAAUAGUUUCAUAUACUUCAGUGGUUUAAUGGCUGGGUGGUAAAAUGCUUCAUGUCCGAACCAAGGGGGGUAACUGGUUCGAAUCCCUGUGAAGACCGAACUUUGAAAUUAAGGGAUUUUAGGAGACUCCUAACUUUACCCAAUUCUAAUAAGUACCUGACAAUGGUUGUGGAAAAAUAAAUGUGGUUAGACGUUGUGCUAGCCACGUGACACCCUCGUUAACCGUGGGUCAUGUAAACAGAUGACCUUUACAUCAUCUGCAUUAUAGAUCGCAAGAUCUGAAAGAGGUACCCCCUUACUUGCAGGCAGCACUGUGUAACGAUUUUUUAAAAGUUGUUUACUACUUUAAAUAGGGCUUUAGUUGAUAUAGCAGACUUAGUAGUUUGUUGUUGUUUAUUUCUGUUCAAAUAUGUUCAUUCCUUUAUUACUUCCAAUGACUGGGUUGUCCAGAAGUCAACAUUUUAUUGAUUAAAAAAAAUUUAGCAAA